CCGGGAGGGAACGUGGGGAACCGCGGUUCGCUGGACGGGCAAAAGGAGCUCGGUCGGGGUCGAAGCCGGAGUCAGCAUCCUCCUUCCUGCGUGGGGGGCUAAGGCGGGAGGGAGGGAGAAGAAAAGCGCGGGAGUCUUUCUAGCCGCGGGAGGACUCAACGCUCUAUGGGCUGAAAGAAGAUCAUGGCAUCGCUGUAUAAACUGGAUGAUGGACAGUGGUACCCCACCAAUUGCUUCCCUGCGAAAAGCCUUCUGCAGCCUCGAUCCGAAGAAGGCGCCGGCCACUGGCAGGUGGCUCGUCAUAAUGUGGAGAAAACCAAGAUCAAAUGGUUGUUUGGCACAAGGGCUGCCCAGCAGAGCUGGCAAGACUGUUGGUGGAAAGUGCCGAUACCCAGGGCCGAGAAAAUCCUCAAUAGGGCCCAGCUGCUGAAGCUCCACGCCGUGGAGAAGCCCUCCGACUUGUGCUCAGUGAAUAUCAGCCACCGGAACUUUGCCUUGGCCAGGGAAAGUGACUUUGUGCAGUUUGAUUCUGUCGCCUACAUCAACGCCACUGAAAACCUGCUGACUUUAGAAACAUUUCGUCACUUUCCUGGCCUUCGGGAGCUGGAGCUGUCUCUAAACGGUCUGAGGAACCUUAAAGUCAGAAUCGGAGACUUUCCACACUUGGAAAUCUUGGAUCUCUCCUACAACAACCUAUCUCCUGAGGAUGUGCAGAUUCUGGGAAUUUUACCACACCUGAAAGUUCUCCACCUUACGGCCAAUGGACUUUCUUCGCUUCCCCUCAAUCUGGCUGCCUCAGAAAGCAGGAGCUGCCCAAAAUUCCCAGCAUUGGAGGUCUUGCUUCUUGAUGACAAUCACCUUUCCGACUCCAGUGUCUUUGUCAGUUUGGCCAAUCUUCGAAGGCUAAAGCAGCUGAACCUGGACAAAAACAGAAUUAAAGAGGUCCCCUAUCUCCAUUACGUGAGCGACAACCACUUCUCCAUCCAUCCUUUAUCGGCCAAGUCAGGCAUCCGGGCAGGCUUACGUUGUCGGAAAAAGGCCCCCCAAAAGCCACACCAGGAUCAGUCCCCAAGGCUACACCAGCAGUGCAGUUACCUUAUUACACAAAACACCCAGGAUCCCGACAAGACAGAAGUCGUCUUUCAGACGCGACCUCCGGAAGAAACGGCUCAGGAAAGGUCUCCUUCACCUCUUGAGGAUUCCAAGGCCCCUUGUGCCAGCAUCCACACGGAAUUCCUCCUUCCCUUACCGGAGCUGAGAUUUCUCAGCCUUGCCAACAAUCAGAUCGAGCACGAAGAAGAUUUGCUGGCCGUGGCUCUCUUCCCCUCCCUGGCGGAGCUGACCUUCUACGGCAACCCGUUCACCACGUCCAGAAGCGGCGACCCACCGCUGCUCACCAGCUUUCUUCAAAACAAACUUGGAAUUAAACUGGUUCGGAAAAAGGUUCCCAAGCUGGAGAAGCCACGCAUUUUUAUACCCGUCAAAGCGAACCGGGAGAUCAAAUCCCAGCUACCCAAGGUCCGAAAGCGCCCCCCGCCGGCCGAGACGGCGGUGGAGACCACCUUCUGGCAACUGUGGACGGGAUCCGAGCUGGAUCCGAGUAAAAGACUCAGUUCCAAAGACCUUCCGGAGUGCCCGUCCUCUUCUCUCGCCUACGAUCCUGAUCGGCCCAUCCUAGCUCCCCUUCGGCGGGAGGAGAGGUCCACCUCUCUGACCACUUUGUACACCGAAGCCUUGAGCCCGGGGUACUCCCUGGACGAGAUGUCUCGCUACAGCGAAGUAUCCUGCGAGUCUUCCGUAGAUCAAAUCCUGACUGGUAAAGUUCCUGCGUCUCAGUCCUUGUCGGGACAAAGUCCUUCCGAAGUUCUUCCCCCGCCCUCCGGAUCGGUUUCACGAGGACCGUCUGGGUUGCCCCCGGUCAUAGAGUUGCCUUCAUCAGACCAGGUUCUGCCCGAGGCGUCAGCUCUACCAGAGAACCUGUCGGAGUUUCUCCCGUACACGUGGACCUCUCCAGGAGACCACCCAGCAGAGCUACGGUGGGAACUCCUCGCCCCUCCGAACUCACCUUCGGAGGGACAGAGCGAGUCAGAACUUAUUCAGGUUGUUGGACCAGAAGAAGCAGCAGCAGAAGGAGAAGAUAGACCCAAGACUCUUGUCUCCAUCGCUUCUGGCACAGAGCCUACUCUGUCGGCGUCCGUGACGACGUCUUUGCCGGAACGGAAAGGAAGCAAACCGUUGGUAUCGUCUGAAGGUGGCCUCGGAGAAGACUUGGGGGUGCCUCCUUCCACGCCAGGAGAAUCCUCUGCAGAAGAUGAAGAUCUGCAGGAAUCCAUGCCCAUCUCCGUCCCCGGUGGGGAGGAUGGGGGCCUCCCAGAGGCCGCCUUGCCCACCGUUUCUUCGGAAGAAGACGAAGAUCAAGAGGAACCUUCUCAACUUCCCACCUCGGGCUUCCAAGAUAUGAAUCUCUUGGCGUCUUCCGAGGAAGAAGAGCAGCCUCCAAGCCCUCCUCUCGUGGACCGUGGCCAGGAGCAGAGCCUGACCUUGGUGGAUUCGUCCCCAGGGCCAACGUCUUCGCAACCGCUGGUCCCAGCCUCCCGAUCCGUGUCCAGAGAGCUCCGCGGACUCUUUGCCCAGAUCCAGUCCUACGCUUUGCCUCCAGAACCAGAGGAGGAGGAGGAGGAGGACACGGACACGUCCACGGCGGAGGAGGUGCUGACGAGUAGCGGAGAAGGGGUCACCGAGCCCAUCUUCAUCACUCAGGUAGACGAAUCGCUGGAUUCCUGGGGGACGCGGCUGAGCCCUCCCCUGCCGGAGAAGUUGAGGGGCUACGAAGAUCUGCUCGGAGGAGACCCCGGCUCAGAUUUUGUUGAGCCAAACGGGAUACAACAGAACGUCCAGGCUUUGGAGAAAGCCCUUCGCUACCCUCUCGUCUACCGCGACCCCAAGGCCAGGCUGGACCGCUACCAGAAGCCUUACGUCUCUGCCCGAAAGAAGGUCUUGAGGGUCCCUACGCCGAAGCCUCGGAAGAGCAGAAUGGAACGGCUGGAAGAAAUCCUGCUGGAGCUGAGGAAGCCCACGAACAUUGUCCACGUCCCCCUAGUGUGCGUCUUGCGGAGAAGGAAGGAGAAUUGGCGGGAAUACAGGGAAGCUUUGGAACUCUUGAAGGAGUUUCAGAAAGAUUACAAAUCUGAGGUAGCCAUCCGUAACAAGAUCGGCGAAUCCCGGACGGCUGGUCAGGAUCCGGUUCGUGAAGCUGAUGUGAAGCUCCAAAGUCUUCCUGAGGUCAGGGUGGGGAGAAAGCUAGACGAGACCUCUGUCCAGGUCCUUCAAGAGAAGAACGACUCCCUUCCAUCCAACCAAUAAGAGAGAUCCCGCCCAUGUUGCCGUGCCUUAACCUACCUGUUUGUAGAAGACCUUCAAGUAGGACGUGGUUUCCUGGAGAACUUUUGCUGAAAGGACCUGCAGCCGAUGACCUUUGGUCCUACCGCCUGUGGAGAAGACACCACCCUUGUUUACAGAAUCACUUAGACUUGAAAGCUUCAUUGAGGUCCUCCAGUAGGAAGGCCCUCACCUUGAAGUGCUUCUGGAAACCUUUGAGAUGCAUCUUGAAACCUUGAAGUGCCUCUUGAAACCUUGAGGUCCAUCUUGAAACUUUUGAGGUGCAUCUUGAAACUUCAAGGUCCAUCUUGAAACUUUUGAGGUGCAUCGUGAAACUUUGAGGUCCAUCUUGAAACUUUUGAGGUGCAUCUUGAAACUUCAAGGUCCAUCUUGAAACUUUUGAGGUCCAUCUUGAAACCUUGAGGUCCAUCUUGAAACUUUUGAGGUGCAUCUUGAAACUUCAAGGUCCAUUUUGAAACUUUUGAGGUCCAUCUUGAAACCUUGAGGUCCAUCUUGAAACUUUUGAGGUGCAUCUUGAAACUUCAAGGUCCAUCUUGAAACUUUUGAGGUCCAUGUUGAAACUUUUGAGGUGCAUCUUGAAACUUCAAGGUCCAUCUUGAAACUUUUGAGGUGCAUCGUGAAACUUUGAGGUCCAUCUUGAAACUUUUGAGGUGCAUCUUGAAACUUCAAGGUCCAUCUUGAAACUUUUGAGGUCCAUCUUGAAACCUUGAGGUCCAUCUUGAAACUUUUGAGGUGCAUCUUGAAACUUCAAGGUCCAUCUUGAAACUUUUGAGGUGCAUCAUGAAACUUUGAGGUCCAUCUUGAAACUUCUGAGGUCCAUCUUAAAACUUUUGAAGUGCAUCGUGAAACUUUGAGGUCCAUCUUGAAAUCCUGAAGUGCAUCUUGAAACCAUGAGGUCCACGUUGAAGCGAACGUUCAAAAUGGAAGACUGGCCUACUGGGAAGAGUCAAAUAAACUGCUGCAUGAAUGAUGGGCCUGUAGUUUGUUAGGCUGACUCUCUUUGACCAGCCUUGAGAAGAAACCAUUGAUGGAGACCAUGUUAAGAAGUAAUCAGUGGCCCUCAAGGCCUUCUAGAUCUCUUGAGGAAGGUGUCACUAGUAGACGGAGACCACAUUUCGGUGUCCUAUUGUAAAACCAGCAAUUUCCACACACAUUUUUGCUGUUUUUUUCUUAUUUCACAUAUCCUCUCCCUGUGGAGGAACGUCGGGAGCUUCCACAGAACAAAGAUUCCCUUAGAAAAAUUUCUUUUUUUAUCUCGACAGCUGUUAAUUUUAUUUUCCUGAUGAUGCUUUUGGGCACCUUCUUAAGAUCUUAUGCAAUAAAAUUAAUCUCACAAAGCA